CCUCGCCGCUUGAUUAGGUUAACCAGUGGCUGUUCUUCCUUUUGUGGAAUCUCUCGAAUCCACUGACCUUCACGACGCGGAAUCAUGCCUCCGAAGUUCGACCCUAGUCAGGUGGUGGAUGUUUUCGUUCGUGUCACCGGAGGUGAGGUUGGAGCAGCCAGUUCUCUCGCUCCGAAGAUUGGUCCUCUCGGUCUUUCUCCUAAGAAGAUUGGAGAAGACAUUGCUAAAGAGACCGCAAAGGAAUGGAAAGGUCUCAGAGUUACUGUAAAGCUCACUGUCCAAAAUCGUCAGGCGAAGGUCUCCGUUGUUCCUUCGGCGGCGGCUUUGGUAAUUAAGGCGUUGAAGGAGCCGGAGCGUGACCGGAAGAAGACUAAGAAUAUCAAGCAUAAUGGCAAUAUUUCUCUUGAUGAUGUGAUUGAGAUUGCUAGGGUUAUGCGGCCUAGAUCGAUGGCUAAGGACCUCUCUGGCUCCGUCAAGGAGAUCCUUGGAACUUGCGUGUCUGUUGGUUGUACUGUUGAUGGCAAGGACCCUAAGGAUCUUCAACAGGAGAUCAAUGAUGGCGACGUUGAAGUGCCCCAAGAUUGAGAGUAAAAGUUUCUUUGGCCAUUACUUUAGCAUGAGAGAUUGAAUUUACCACAACUUUGUUUGAUCAGUUUUGCUAUUUAACAUGAGUUUAGCAUGGUUCUUCUAUCUCUUGUUUAUCUGCGUUUUUUUUGUUGGUUUUUAUUUAAAAAGCUUGAAUUGGAUUAUGGCAAUGAAUAUCAAAGCUUCAUUUCUGUUCAUGGAAACUGGAUAUAAAUUUCAUCUUUAUUGAA